AAUCAUAAUGCAAAGAAAACAGUCCACUGUAGGAAAAAUGAAAAGCAGAAAGCUAACCUUGCUCACUUAAAGACACGAAAAUGGAAACAGAAAUUGGCACAAACGUCGCAACAUAAGCAGAACUUUUAAAAAGAAAACGUUUUUCUGUAUUAUAGCAGAUGUACAUGAACGCGUCACAGCAGAACGUGUGCGUCAGUUGCGUCAUGCGGAAGUAAACAAGCUGACGUGGAGCAGCCGUCGGUCGACCCGGAGCUGAACUGGUUUGGAGGAACUGAACGCACUGGUUCAGCAGGACUCUCGUCGCUUCAGUCGGAGUCUCGGUUCGUCUGAAGCUCCACGAACUCUGCUGGCUGCACCCGGACUCGGAAUAAGUCGCUGAAAGCUCCCUAAAAUGGCGGCAGCGGAGGAGGCCAGCAGACCGUUCGCCGGGCUGUCGGACGUCUCCAUCUCGGACGACAUCCCGGUGGAGGGCGACAUCUCGGUGCCCGUCGGCGCCUCGAGGAGAGAUGACGAGCUGUCCACGCUGGACGAGCCGGUGAAGGAGACCAUCCUGCGGGACCUGCGGGCGGUGGGCAACAAGUUCGUCCACGUCCUGUACCCGAAGCGUAGCUCGGCGCUGCUGCGGGACUGGGACCUGUGGGGCCCGCUGCUGCUCUGCGUGACUCUGGCUCUGCUGCUGCAGGGCGGCGCGGCCGACAGCGACGACCAGGGAGGACCGCAGUUCGCUGAGGUCUUUGUCAUCAUCUGGUUCGGCUCCAUCAUCAUCACCCUGAACUCCAAGCUGCUGGGUGGCACCAUCUCCUUCUUCCAGAGCCUGUGUGUGCUCGGGUACUGCAUCAUGCCUCUGACCGUGGCCAUGGCCGUCUGCCGGAUCGUCCUGCUCAGCGUUUCAGGGACGGUCAGCUUUGCCGUGCGGCUGGCGGUGGUCACGGCGUCCUUCGGCUGGUCCACCUUCGCCUCCACGGCCUUCCUCGCCGACAGCCAGCCACCCAACCGCAAGGCGCUGGUGGUGUACCCGGUGUUCCUGUUCUACUUUGUGAUUGGCUGGAUGGUCCUGACGUUCUCGCCGUCGCAGUAGAGGACGUUUGUGUGGAGAGAAAACUCGGACACCAGAAUCUGCCUUUGAGCGAAGAUGAGUGAAGAGACUUUGUGGGCGCUGAAGCAGCAUUUGGACACCAAAACAAACUGUUUGAGGAGCAGCAGGAGAAGCUGCAGACGGAGAGAAACGCUGAUGAAUAUGUUCUGGUUUUUACAGUUGGUCUCCUACUUGUGUAAAAAGAAGCUUGUAUAUAGAAAUAGUCCGUGAAUGUUGAGCUCCGGGACCCUGAUGGCUGUUCUUUCCCUCUUGGUGUCUUCGGGUGAAAGAUUGAAAUUCUGUGCUGAUGCUUUUCAGCCUCCUGGCUAAAGUCUCCACUGUUUGGGAAAUUGUUCAGUGUGUUGUGUUGUUUUUUGAGGGGAUUAUUUAGGAUUUUAUAGGCGAGUCACAGUGGAACACAAGAGGCGACUCUAGAGUAGAGUUUAGGUUUGAGAGUGCUUCCUGCUGGUCUGAACCUCCAGCCUUUCUUUUCCACACGAGACACUGAACAGUGUCAGAUGUACUGCAGAGAUGUCCUAAACUCCGUUAUUAAAGUGGGCUGACGGUGGCAGACAAGGUUUGAGUUCAGCUGCAGACUGCAGACGUCUGAUUCUUCUCUGUGAUGUGAAAACAGAGCAGUAUUUUUGAUUUCCAACUUGAUCAGCAGUACCCAAUCCCAUUUCCACCAGUGAAAGAAAAUUAGAAAUGAAUGUCAAAGUCAUAAUUCAGUCACAAUUCUGACAGAAAGUUUGAAAUAAAGCCGCAAAUAUGAAAUAAAAGUUAUUAAAAGUCA